CCUGCUUCCCUUUAACUGUUGCAGUGUUUUCUUCUAGGACAUGCCGGCUUUGUAUCUGCAUAUAUCCGAGUAAGACACGAACAAUGGCUGGCCUUUUCCUCUUCCGUGAGGUCUUGGCAGCGAUGAACUAUGGUUCAUCUCGUCCCGGAGACAUGCAAGUGGUGUGGUCACAAGCAAUUGGCUCACAUCAGUCCCAAAGAACCGAAGUAGCAACCCGUGCUAUGGUUAUUCUUCCCCUUUAUACGCCGACUCUCCGGGCUCUGUCUUCGACGACCAUCUCUUUGGCAGAGCUAUGCAAGGAGGGCCCGGCUGUCCCUGGCAAAUAUGGCCGCGUGACAAAAGGAGCAUUGAACCUCGCCAUUCUAGACAGCGUAUCUUCCUUUGAAUCCCAAGCCUUGACUAUCGACUCGAAGGAACCGACCAACCCCGAUCUUUGGUCUGACUGCCCUUUAAUGCAUUUAGCUACCCUCCCUCACAUUGAAAACGGCCUUAUUAAAAUAUGCUGGCGAUCCGAGUACAUCACCUUCAAUAGCGACAGUUAAACCGGAACUUGAGGCCUUAGAAAGACUCGCCCAGCCCUUCCAGCCUUGUUGGGAAUCGCCGAUCCAGCCGAGUGCGUUGCGUUCUGUCUUGCUGCGACAACACCAUCGUUCUGCACUCGGUGUUGCCUCAAACCAAUUCUCUUACACACGCUUGCUCAACAACUUCAGAAACGUCAUGGUCUAUCA